GUGAACUCGCUUUGCUUCAGUUUCAGUCUGUCUACAAGCCUUCCGGUUGUAUACGGAGCGUUUAUGUAAUUUCUGAAUUGUAGCGUGGAAUAAACUCGUUGCUUGUAUUUCGAUUUGAGUCUGCCUCAAAGUCUUCGUGUUGUAUACAGCGUUUUCCUGCGAUUUCUGAAUUUUUAAAAUGGCAUCAACCAACAAGGAGGUGAAGAAAAAGCGCGUGUUCAUGAGUGUGGUGCAGAAAUUAGAGCUAAUCAAGAAAUUGGAAGAAGGCGUCCCAGUGACGGAUAUUUGUCAAAUUUAUGACAUAAGUAAACGACACGUCCGGGAAAUCCGUAAAUUAAAGCCCAAAUUGCUAGAGUUUUUAUCGACAAACUAUAUUGGUAGUUCGGAAUUAUAUUGUUCUAUAUUAAGGAAUAAAAAAAUCAUGAAUUUAGGGCGAAAUAUAAAUUUAGAUAAAGCUCUGUAUGAAUGGUAUAUUGAACAGACAUCCAGUGGUAUUGUUGUUCAGUAUCUCCAGUUGAAAUCCAUGUGUGGGGCUAUGAAAGAACGUAUGGGACUCAGUAUUAAGAAUAUCGAGAUCUGGCUGCAGAAUUUUAGAAAGAGACAUGGCAUUAGUCUUUCUUUGACCAAGGAAAUCUGUAGCGAAUCUUCAGAUUCAAAAAAGAAAAACAUUAACCAAGACCAAGUUAUGACAAAAAAAUUUUUUAAAGUUGGGAAUUUGCCUUCAUCCUCGGCUUCACCUCCGAUUGCUUCUACAACAAGGAAUGAAAAAUGGCUACGUGGGCGAAAUAAAUGUUUAGAUAAAGCUCUGUAUAAAUGGUAUAUUGAACAGAGAUCCAAGGGUGUCAAGGUUCAAAAUUUUCAGUUGCAAUUUCAGUACGAAGCCUUGAAAAAACGUUUGAGACGCCGUUUUAAGGACGCAACGUGGUUGACCAAGUUUAAAAAGAGACAUGGCCUUGUUUUAUCUGUGUGCGACAAAAUCUGUAGGACAUCUUCAAAUUCGAAAGAAAAAAAUAUUAACCAAGACCAAGUUAUGCCAGUAGAAUUUAUAAAUGUUGAGAAUUUGCCUCCACUCUCACCUUUACCUCCGAUUGCUUCUACACAUCACAUUUCGGAAGGAUCUGUAACAUGUGAAGGUGUUCCUUUACCCUUAUUUCAACCUCCGAUUGCUUCUACAUGUCACAACGUUUCUAAAUUAAAUGCUUCUACAAAAAGGGAGAAAGAAUACACAAUACGUGGGCCAAAUAAAUAUUUAGAUAAAGCUCUGCAUGUGUGGUAUGAUCGACAGAGAUCCAGUGGUAUUGAUGUACAAGAACUCCACUUGAAAUCUGAGUUUAACGCUCUUGUAAAUCGUAUACCAUGCAAGGUCAAUAAUGCAGAUACGUGGCUGCGGUAUUUUAAAGAAAGACAUGGCCUUGUUUCUUAUUUGGGCGACAAACUCUGCAGGAAAUCUUCAGAUUCAGAAAAGAAAACAAUUCACGAAGACCAAGUUAUGCCAGUAGAAUUUAUAAAUGUUGAGAAUUUGCCUUCACCCUCAACUUCACUUCCGAUUGCUUCUACGCAUUACGACAUUUUGGAAGAGUCUAUAAAAGGCGAAGGUUUCCCUUCACCCUUAUUUCCGCCUCCAAUUGCUUCUACAUGUCACAACAUUUCGAAAGAGCCCAUAAAAGUUGAGAAUUUGCCUUCACCUUCAUCUUCACCUCCAAUUACUUCUACACCGUUCAAAAUUUUGGAAGAAUGUAUAAAAGUUGAGAAUGUCUCUUCAACCGACGUCUAUCACAAUUACGUUUGGGAAGAAUAUAAUAUAAAAUCUGAAGGCGAUUCCCCAUAACCUGAAGAUGAUAAAUCUUCAGAUGAUAAAUAAAGACUCAUUGUCACUGAAGUAACAGCAAAAUAUAUGUUUCUUCGACUACUUUGUUAAUCAACAAAGAAUAAUUCAUGAUGAUGUAACAAUUUUAUAUUGUAUAGUUUUGUAUACCAUAUUUAAGCUAUUUUACAUUAAAGACAUUAAGAAAUAAUAAAAA